AUGACAACCAACAAGACUGCAUUUGACUAUGUGGUGAAUCAUUUUUUCCUUCCACCUAAGCUCCCCCAAAGAGAUGAUUGGACGCCCUUAAACGGAUCAACCCUGCAAUCAGCCCUAUUAGCAUCCAUUGAGAAGUUCAGGGCUUUCGUUGUGUCCCGAAGAUAUGCGCUGGUCAAUUCGGCGGCGGCAAUGAUUCGACGUAUGGUCAUGGCUCAAGAUGAGACUGGUAACAUUAACUGUGACAAUCUUGGAAAAGUUCUCAAGAGAUCGGGCAGUCUGGCAGACCCGGGGAACAGACCUACCGUCUCCACAUAUAAGACCCACCUCUGUGUCGGCAGCUUACGCUUAGUCGUCCAGGCUCAUCAAUACGCGUUGGAUGCCAUGGCAUGUAGUCACUUUAUGCAGCUGGAGGAUUGCGAAGCCAUGUUCAAUUCGACGCCCUUCCUAUCAUUUGACCCCGCAAACCUCGACGUUUCGAACUUAACUAUCGAAGUUCCGGAUGACAAGCUAGGCGAUGACCCGCUUGCACCUCAGAGACACCGCGGCCCAUCUCGAGCAGCAGGUGGCACUACUCCACCUCCCCAAAAGCAAGGCGGCCAAGCUAAAGCGGUUCGCCACGCUCGAUAA